AUGAUACGACUUGGGAUCCUGCUACUUUUGUGCGUUGUCGCCGUGUCUCAAGAUGACAUCGAUGACUGUGGGUCCAUCUCCUGCAAUCACGGUGGUACCUGUGUGGACGGUGUUAACAGCUAUACCUGUACAUGUCGGCCUGGAUUGACAGGGAGACACUGCGAUUCAGACAUUGAUGAGUGUGCGUCCAACCCCUGCAACCACGGCACCUGUACUGAUCGACAGAACAGCUUCACUUGUUCCUGUGAAGAUGGGUGGACUGGAACAGACUGCAGCACAGAUAUCGACGACUGCACACCCGACCCCUGUAGUCACGGCACCUGUACGGAUGGUGUGAACAGCCACACUUGCUCAUGUGAAUUUGGAUGGACGGGAACAAACUGUAAUAGAGAUGUAGAUGACUGCGCGCCCGACCCUUGUGACCACGGCACUUGUACCGAUUCCGGCACCAACAGUUACACCUGCAGCUGUGAACCUGGAUGGACAGGAGAAAACUGCCAUAUGGAUAUCGAUGACUGUACGCCUAACCCCUGUCGUCACGGAACCUGUACGGAUGGUGUAAACAGCUACUCCUGCACGUGUCAAUUUGGAUGGACGGGAACAAACUGUAACACAGAUGCCAAUGACUGCGCGCCCGACCCUUGUGACCACGGCACCUGUACCGAUUCCGGCACAAACAGCUACACCUGCACCUGUGAACCUGGAUGGACAGGACAAGACUGUCAUAUAGAUAUCGAUGACUGUGCGUCCAACCCCUGUCGUCAGGGUACCUGUACCGAUAGCUUGAACAGCUACUCUUGUGUCUGUCAGUUUGGAUGGACGGGAACAAACUGUGAUACAGAUGUAGAUGACUGUGCAACUCACCCCUGUGACCACGGCGGUACCUGUACCGAUUCCGGCACCAACAGUUACACCUGUAGUUGUGAACCGGGAUGGACUGGACAAGACUGUCAUAUAGAUAUCGAUGACUGUACGCCCAAUCCCUGUUCUCACGGAACAUGUACCGAUGGUGUAAACAGCUACACCUGUACCUGUGAAUUUGGAUGGACGGGAACAGACUGUGAUACAGAUAUUGACGAUUGUGCGCCCGAUCCAUGCGACCACGGCACCUGUACCGAUGUCGGCACCAACAGCUACAACUGCACCUGUGAACCUGGAUGGGAAGGGAAGAACUGUCAUAUAGAUACCGACGAGUGUGCAUCUAUCCCCUGUCUCCACCACGGUGCCUGUGCCGAUAGUGUGAACAGUUACUCUUGUGUCUGUCAAUUUGGAUGGACGGGGACACAUUGUGAGACAGACAUAGAUGACUGCACACCAGACCCCUGUGACCACGGUGCCUGUGCUGACAGUAUAAACAACUACACCUGCACAUGUGAUGUUGGAUGGAAAGGACCCAACUGCAAUAUAGAUAUUGAUGACUGCACACCAGACCCAUGUGACUACGGCACCUGCGCAGAUGGAGUAAACAGCUACACCUGCACCUGUCAGCCUGGGUGGACAGGACAAGACUGUCACAUAGAUAUUGACGACUGUGCGUCUAACCCCUGCGACCCACACGGAAGCUGUGCUGAUAGUUUGAAAGAGUACUCCUGUACAUGUCAACCUGGAUGGACGGGACAAAACUGCCAUAUAGAUAUCGAUGAAUGUUUACCCGUCCCCUGUAUACACGGCUCCUGUACGGAUGGAGUGAACAGAUACGACUGCGCAUGUCAGGGUGGAUGGACGGGGAAGAACUGCAGCAUAGAUAUCAACGAGUGUACGUCCAACCCCUGUGUACAAGGCAACUGUACUGACAUUGUGAAUGGCUACACCUGUGCAUGCAAGGCAGGGUGGAAUGGGGCCAACUGCAAUAUAGAUAUGAAUGAAUGUGAGUCCAGCCCAUGCGUGCAAGGAAACUGCACUGAUCUGGUCAACGGCUACAGAUGUGUCUGCGAACCUGGGUGGAGCGGUGUUAACUGCAAUAAAGAUAUCGAUGAAUGUGCCUCCAACCCAUGUAUGAAUGGCAACUGUACUGAUGUCAUCAACGCCUUCAGAUGUGACUGUGAAGCUGGGUGGACUAAUGUCACCUGCGAUGAAGAAAUAGACGAAUGCACAUCCAGCCCCUGCGUACACGGCAACUGUACGGAUUACCUCAACGGUUACAGCUGUGAUUGUGAGCUGGGAUGGACAGACGUCAUUCACGGUAACGAAGCCUGUGUCUUCAACUCCUCUAUCCAUGACAACUCUACUGAUGGCGACAACCAUACUUACUCAUGUACUGAGGACCGGAACAAGACCAACUGCAAUCUAGAAAUCGACGAGUGCAGCUCCAAUCCCUGUCAGCAUGGUACAUGUACAGACCUUGUGGCCGGUUAUAACUGUAGCUGUGAAACCGGGUGGGGAGGUGCCACCUGUAACCAAGAUAUUAUAGACGACUGUGCAUCCAACCCCUGCCUGAACGGGAUCUGUACUGACGCUGUAAACAGCUACACCUGUAUGUGUGACGAAGGGUGGGCUGGAAUCAACUGUGAACAAGAUGUUGACGAGUGUGCGUCCAACCCAUGUGACUACGGCACCUGUGUUGACGGUGACAACAGCUAUACCUGCAUGUGUGAACCAGGAUGGACUGGGACUGUGUGCAACCAAGAUAUUGACGACUGUGUGCCCAGCCCGUGUGUGCACGGAACCUGUGCUGACGGUGUGAACAGUUACUCCUGCAUCUGUGAUCCUGGAUGGAAAGGAACAGACUGCGAUGAAGAUAUAGAUGACUGUACGCCAGACCCCUGCGAUUUCGGCUCGUGUGCCGACACUAUAAACGGCUACAGCUGUACCUGUGAUGCUGGAUGGACGGGACAAAACUGCCACAUAGAUGUUGAUGAAUGUGCAUCCAACCCCUGCAAAAAUGGAACCUGUGCCAAUCACGUCAACAGCUACAGUUGCACAUGCCAGGUUGGAUGGCAGGGGGACAACUGCCAAAUAGACCUUGACGAGUGUGAGUCCAGCCCAUGUGAACACGGCAUCUGUGCUGACAGCGUGAACAGCUACUCCUGUACAUGUCAUCAAGGGUACACAGGAACACACUGCGAAACAGAUAUUGACGAGUGCGCGUCCAGCCCGUGUAUGCACGGUACCUGUGCUGACGGAGUGGGGCAGUUCACCUGUCACUGUGACGCGGGGUGGUCCGGAGUCACGUGUAACGCAGAUUUUAAUGAGUGUGAAUCCAGCCCGUGUCCCCACGGCAACUGUACUGAUCUGUUCAACGGCUACACAUGCACAUGCGAAGCGGGAUGGGAUGGAACUGAAUGUGAUAUCGAUGUCGACGAGUGUGCCUCCAACCCCUGCCAACAUGGCACCUGCAAUGACCAGGUGAAUGGAUACAACUGCACCUGCGAGCCAGGAUGGACCAGCUACACCUGCAAUCAAGAUAUUAACGAGUGCGAACCCAACCCAUGCCAGUAUGGAAAAUGCCUGGAUGAAGUAAACGGCUUCACUUGUUACUGUGACGUGGGAUGGACAGGCGAUACCUGCAACGAAGAUGUUGACGAGUGUAAGUUGGACCCGUGUAUAAACGGCAACUGUACAAACCAUGACGGCAGCUAUUUCUGUGUGUGCGAGGAGGGAUGGACCAACAACCGUACCUGCAACCAAAGUAUUGAUGACUGUGGCUCCAACCUGUGUAACCAUGGAACAUGCAAAGAUCUCCACAAUAACUACACGUGUGUCUGCGACCCUGGAUGGACAGACUUGGUUAUAUACUACGAAGACGUAAAUUGUGAAUGCAACACAACUGUGCCUGUCAACUCUUCUGUUGGUGAGUACAACACAACUGCCCCUGUCAACUCUUCUGACAGCGGGAACAACUACACCUGCACCUGUGAUGGGCGCUGGAACAGGACAUACUGCAGUUUAGAAAUUGACGAGUGCAGUUCCAGUCCUUGUCAGCAUGGUGAAUGUAAAGACGAUUUGGCCAGAUAUGUAUGCAGUUGUGACUCCGGUUGGGAAGGAGAAAACUGUGAAAAAGAAAUAUUUGACGACUGCGCCUCCUCCCCCUGUGGCUCAUACGGAACCUGUACCGAUGGUGUCAGUACUUACAUCUGUACAUGUGACAAGGGAUGGACUGGCAUCAACUGUGAAAAAGGUCCACCCACAUAUUCCUUUCAACUGACCAUGGAUAACCGAGUGUUCACCAAUGAGCUGAGUGAUCGGAAUUCUGACACCUUCACUUCUCUAGCAUCUGAAGUUUCAGAAACAAUAUGGUCUUGCCUAAACCAAACUUCUGUUGGGCAAGAUAUCAUCAAUGUGGUGAUAACCAGGUUCCGUGCGGGCAGUGUUAUUGCAGAGUAUGAUGUUCACUUCCGCCAGAACACAACUGUGACAGGUGUGGGAGUACAGGAGGCACUUGUCUCUGUCUUAAGGAACAACACGGUACUGAGCAGUGCUUUGGGGAUCCAGGUGGAUUCAAUAUGCAUGCUGGGUAACGGCAGCAGCACCUGUGUAGAGAAGACUCCCCCUGAGCAGUGGCAGUCCUGGGUUACCUACACCAUCGUGGGCGUAGCUGCUGCUAUCCUCCUACUCGUCUGUUGUCUUUUCGUUGUGGUUAAAAGUCAAAGGAACAAGCAAUGGUCCUGGCGACUAAAGAAGGAGUAUGACCAGUUUGACCCUUACAGCAGACGCAGCAGCAUGGAAAGCCGUCAACGCAAGGUUACGAACCCCAUUUACGAAGGGCAGGGCACUUCCACAGCCUAUGAACUCCAAGAUGCCGGGCUGACGGAUUUUGAAGAGAGCGGUUUGACCGAGCUUCAAGUCGGCGGAGUUACAGACAACGAAGACGCCGCAUCGACAGACUUCUACUCCGAUGGAGCAUCCACAGAACUGCACGAUGGCGAAUCUACAGGAUUCCAAGAUGGCGUAUUGACAGAAUUUCAGGACCUGGACCUGACAGAAGAGGAAAUGUCCCAGGAUGGAAUGUGUUGAUAAAUUGCCCCCCCCCCCAAAAAAAA